GGGAGACCGGAUAUAGUGAAUGCAGGGUCCGGGGAGACCGGAUAUAGUGAAUGCAGGGUCCGGGGAGACCGGAUAUAGUGAAUGCAGGAUCCGGGGAGACCAGAUAUAGUGAAUGCGGGGUCCGGGGAGACCAGAUAUAGUGAAUGUAGGGUCGGGGAGACCGGAUAUAGUGAAUGCCGGGUCCGGGGAGACCGGAUAUAGUGAAUGCAGGGUCCGGGGAGACCGGAUAUAGUGAAUGCCGGGUCCGGGGAGACCGGAUAUAGUGAAUGCAGGGGUCCGGGGAGACCGGAUAUAGUGAAUGCCGGGUCCGGGGAGACCGGAUAUAGUGAAUGCAGGGUCCGGGGAGACCAGAUAUAGUGAAU